AUGAGGGACUUCUUAAAGGGUGACACAAAUAAGGUCAGGUACUACACAGGAAUUCCAUGCUUUGCAAUUUUAUUGUCUUUGUUCACCACUGUUAAGGCUUUCCUGCCAGUUACCAAAAAGUUGUCAUCCUUUCAAAUGCUUUUGUUGACACUCAUACGUCUGAGGCUUGAUCUUCCUGUACAGCACCUUGCCCAUCUCUUCCAUGUGUCACGUAAUACUCUUUCUACUGCCUUUACUGACACCAUAGAUGUUUUAAAUGCACGGCUUAAUCCAUUGGUGUGCUGGCCAGAGAGGCAUUGCUUACAAGCUACAAUGCCGCAUCAAUUUUUGGAAGCUUUUGGGAAACGUGUUGCUAUUAUAGUCGACUGCUUUGAAAUACGCACAGAAAGGCCAUCAAAUCUAAAGGCACGGGCACAGGCCUUUUCUCAUUACAAAGGUACACACACCAUGAAAUACCUCAUUGGUAUUACACCACAAGGUGCCAUAUCAUUUAUUUCCAAGGGAUGGGGUGGGCGUGCCUCUGACAAGCACAUAACUGAGAACUGUGGCCUUCUCAACAAACUGUUACCUGGUGACUUAGUGCUAGCUGAUCGGGGCUUUGAUAUCAAGGAUAGUGUGGGGAUGAUGUGUGCAGAGGUCAAAGUUCCUGCGUUCACUAAAGGAAGAUGUCAACUUGACGCUAAGGAUGUGGAAAAUACACGUGCAAUAGCACACCUGAGGAUUCACGUUGAAAGGGUGAUUGGCAGUUUGCGCAACAAGUACACAAUGUUACAUAAGAGAAUACCAAUUAGUUUGUUACUGCCAUGUGAGGGGGAGGAGAUGACACUUCUUGACAAGAUAGUGAAUGUUUGCUGUAUACUUCUUAACAUGUGUCCCAGUGUGGUUGCGAAACCAGAUGAAAAUGAAAGAUGUGCAUGUUAAAACGGUUUCAUUGUAAUGUUGUAAAUAUGUAUAUUACUGUUGUAGACAUAUAUUCAUUUUGAUGACAUGUUUGUAUACUUAAAUAGUUCUAUUGAAAACAGAUGACACAAUAAGAAUUUCUAGAAAAAUUUGCAUGUUAAAAGUGUUUAAUUCU